AUGGAAAGCAACGCCGAUAAGAAGAGCCUCCUGAAAUCAUCCUCCUCCGUCUCCAAAUCAUUCCGCCUCCGUUCCCCGUCUCUGAACACGCUACGCCUACGUCGAAUAUUCGACCUCUUCGAUACCGAUCAUGAUUCCUUCAUCACCGUGGAUGAGCUUAGCCGCGCAUUGGUCCUCCUAGGCCUUGAAACCAACGUGAGCGAGCUGGAUUCCGUGAUUAAAUCCUACAUCCAACCGGGCAACACGGGCCUCACGUUUGAUGACUUCCAUGCGUUGCACAAAUCAUUAGGCGAGCUGUUUUUCGAGGACGCGGUUGGAGAGGAGGACGAGUCCGGAAACAUGGACAGCAGCAAGCAGGAGGAGUCCGAUUUGACGGAGGCGUUCAAGGUGUUUGAUGAAGACGGAGAUGGGUACAUAUCCGCACAGGAGUUGCAGGUGGUUCUUAAGAAAUUAGGCUUUGCCGAGGCUAGUGAGAUGGGAAGGGUAGAGAUGAUGAUCUCUUCGGUUGAUCGGAACUCUGAUGGAUUGGUCGACUUUUCUGAAUUUAAAGACAUGAUGAAAAGUGUCAUCGCCCUUAAAUAA